AUGAAAGGCAACAAUUUUUAUAAAGAAAUAAAUAAUAAUAAACGUCACCAUAACAACCACACGAACAACACGAAUAACACGAAUAACAGAGAACUCUUAAAUCAAAAAUGCUUUUCUUCUCAACUUUUUUCUUUCAGUUCUAAAGAUAUCAAACGAUUAUUAAUAACGAUAUGUUUAUUAGUUUUAUUUACCACUCUUUGGAAUAUAUUUAAUAUUCAUGUAAAUUCUCAUGACCGUCAUAAAAAUCAAUAUUCUUAUGGAAUAUCUUCUCAGUCAUAUCAAGAAGGUUUAGCAAAAUGUGCAGCUAUAAAACGAGAAACUUUUUUAAGUGAUAUAAUUUUAAGAAAUGGUAUUAUUGAAGAGAUUGGACUUGAUUCAUGGCCUCAUUUAAUGGGUACAUAUGACAUAAACGAAAGAACUGAUCCAAUUACACCUUACGUUCGCGCUAAAGAUGCAUUUAGUCCAAGUGAUCCUGCUCUUCGAAUAAUUUCUUCUGGUGGUGUAACAACUUCAUUGAUUAUUCCGGGAAGUACAAACGUAAUGGGUGGAGAAGGUCAUGUAAUUAAAUUACGACAAGUUGAUACACUUUCAGUAGAUGACAUGAAUAUUUAUUAUAAUGUAAAUCAAGAUGAAGAAAAAGUUUGGAGAUAUUUAAAAAUGGCUUGUGGCGAAAAUCCAAAGAAUUAUUUUGGUCGAAAACAAGCAAUGAUGCCAUUAACUCGUUUAGGAGAAUCUUGGUUAUUACGAAAACGUUUUGCAGAAGCUCAAACAUUAAAAAUACAACAAGAUGAUUGGUGUGAUGCAGCAAUUAGAUUAAAUAAGAAUGAACAAUUAAAUGUUCAUUUUCCUGAAAAUGUUCAAUAUGAAAGUUUAUUGUCUUUAUUGAGAGGUGAUGCAAUAUUAAAUAUUCAUUGCUAUGAGACACAAGAUAUAGAAGCAAUGAUAAGACAUUCAUGGGAAUUCGAUUUUAAUAUUGCAUCCUUACAUCACGCAUUAGAUGCUUAUCGUAUUCCCGAAAUUAUUAAACGUGCGAAUAGUAAUAUUACUAUCGCGACAUUUUCGGAUUUAUGGGGUUAUAAAAAAGAAGCAUUUCAAGCCAGUACUAAAUCACCUAAAAUCUUGACAGCGAAAGCCCAUCAUUAUGGUCUUGAUGAAAAUCUCUCUAUUGCUGCAGUAACAUCUGUACCAGCAAAAGCUCUUGGUUUAGAUCAUAGAAUUGGACAAAUAUCUGUUGGAUAUGAUGCUGAUAUUGUGAUUUGGGAUUCAUAUCCACUUUCUCUUGGUGCAACACCUUUGGAAGUUUAUAUUGAUGUUUACAUUGACGAAAAUAAUGUUAUCGAUGCUUCUCAUUCCUUUAAUAUGGAAGAAAAGAUUAAUAUUUUAGUUAAGGAUGGAAUUAUAGAAUCAGUUGGAUCAAAUCUUGGAUUAUCAGAAAUAAAUGCGGAAGAAGAUACUCAAGAUGGAACUAUUAAUAGUCCUCAUCGUUAUAAAGAUAUUAUUUACGCUGUGGAUGGAUUAAAAUUAGGUGGAAAACAUUUAGAAGUCGCAUAUAAAGCCGGAGUACUUACUACAAUAACCGCUCCGAUUUCAAAAGACGGAGUGAUAAGUGGAAUUUCUGUUGCUUUUAAAACAGGUGCUCAAACUGUUUUCGAUUUUGAUCCCGAAAAUGAUAAUGAAGCUGUUAUUUUAGAUGAUGUAGUUGCACUUCACGCUAAAAUAGGAAUUCCCUUCAAAAAUGAAAAAAUUCCAACCGUCUCUGGUCAAAUCGCUUUUCUUCGAAAAUUCUUGACAAAAAAUCUACACCAUCGUGUAUGUGGAAAUAAUCUAUUCUGUAAAACUGCUCAUGGUGAAAUUCCUUUAAUUGUGGAGACUCACAACAAAGAUGAAAUAGCUUCCUUGAUAAAAUUAAAUGAUUUAAUUAAAGAACUUGGUGGUCAUUUACGAUUAGUCAUUUUAGGUGGUUCCGAAGCUCAUUUAUUAGCUACCGAAUUAUCUCGUCGUAAAAUUCCUGUUGUAUUAUUACCACCUCGUCCCACUCCUCAUUUAUGGUCCGCUCAAAAUGUACUUGUCGGUUCUCCCAUUACAAAUGAUACCGGAAUUGAUAUACUUUAUGCUAAUAAAGUAUUAAUAGGAAUUGGUGUGGAUGAUCCGGGACUGGCUAAAAAUUUGGUUUGGGAUGCUGGUUGGGCUUUAAAAAAUUCAAAAGGUUUAAUUUCUGAAAAGGAUGCUGUGGGAUUUAUUACUUGGAAUUUAAUGAAAAUUUUUGGAAAUCGUGCAAAUUUUGUUGCUUAUGAUGGUAAUCCAUUUGAGAUGGGAACUCGUGUUCGAGUAAUAGCGGGUGGCGGUGAUAUUCCUGACCUUCACAAGAAAGAUAUUCAAUUAGAAUCUAACAACUUAAACAACUUAACAAGAUAUAUUUGA